CCUGGCGGGAGCGUGCCACGUGGCUGUAGAAACUGGCGCAGGCGUCGUGGCGACACCUCUGAGGUAGGCUAAGGACUUGGGCGCCUGUGCAGUCAGGACCCCACGCGGGCGCAGGGGUGGGUAUUGCCUGGCGCUCCACCAGACACAGGAUGCUGCCCUGGCUUGGGCCGUGGGGCACCGGCCAGCAGGAGGCCAACGAGGAGGCAGGCCUGUCCACGGGCAGUGACCACGGCGGGGACUGGAGCUGUGGAGAGGAAACCGCGGAAAAGCCAGGACCGCCGGCGCAGGACAGUCCACAGCCCCAGGCCCUCAGCCCAUCUGAGCCCGGAAGAAAGCUGCCGCCUCCGACCUCCAAUCACCUGGCUCCUGAGCGGACUGUGGAAGCCCCAGUACCUCUUUCUCCCCAGAUGACUUCCCAGGCCACCCCCUCAAGGAUGACCCCGCUGCCACUUUGGGAUCCCAUUCACGAGGCUAAUGCAAGACCUCAGCUGGUGGGGCCCAGCUGUGGGUCAGGCGCAUCUUUGUCCGGCAGGACACUGUGUCAUCCUUCCUGGCCUAUGUAUGAUGACUGGGGCAGGGUCCCUACCUCAGGGCAUCCAGAAGAAGCACAAGUGUCCAAGGAUACAGGGCUCCCAGUGACAGGCUAUGAAGAUGUCUUUCUCUUGGACCCUCUGCUACCCUGUGGGCAGCGUGUUCCCCUGUACCUGUCCAAGCCCCCUCAGCAGGCAGUGGGCACUCGGAAGCUGCUGCUCCCACCCCCCAUCAUGUCCUCGUCUGUGCGCCCCUCCUCAUCCCAGGCCUGCUCUUCCACCUGGCUCAGUGAGGCAGAGAUGAUCGCCCUGACUGGCCUGCUGCAGAUGAGCCAGGGAGAGCUGAGACCUAACUCCUUGGCAAGCCCUCUGACCUCUACCAGCUGCCAAGACCCUGGCUCUGCCUCUGAAGACCCAGGCCCCAGUGGUGGCCAGAGCUGUUCUGGAAGCACUGAUGCAUGUCCCACACAGACCCCAGAUACCCACUGUCCAUAGUGCCUUCCCUCAGCUAGUUCUGGCUUCUCCCCCGAGCUGUUUUGCUGACAAUAAAUCACCGUUAGUUUGCAAA